AUGGAAGAUCUGGCCACACGAGAAAAGGUACGCUUACCAACAGGUUUGGGAAAAGGACCAGCAUCAGCAGCAGGUGGCAAGGUCGUUUCCCCAGAAGCCAGAGAGCCAGCAACAGCAAAAUCCACUAUCGGGGAACUAGGGGGUUUGAUUUAUGCUACAACUACCCGUCCGGAUAUUUCUUUUGCUGUUGGAGUUCUUUCAAGGUUUAUGCAACAACCUAAAGAAACUCAUUGGUUAGCUGCCAAGCGCAUUCUUCGCUAUUUGCAAGGUUCUCAGAACUAUGGGCUCAAAUACUCCAAGACAAACCAAUUUUCUUUGGUUGGCUAUUCCGAUUCCGAUUAUGCAGGUGAUUCUACAGAUGGAAAAUCUACAUCCGGGUAUUUAAUGUAUCUUGGAUCUGCUCUCAUCUCUUGGAGAUCUAAAAAGCAAUCUGUUCCAGCUACCUCUUCUUCCGAAGCUAAAUAUAUGGCCGCCUUUGAAGCAACUUGGGAAAUCUUAUGGUUUCGAAGAAUUCUUGAAGACUUUCAAACACCACAGAUUUCAUCAACUCCACUCUUCAUUGACAAUCAAUCUGCUAUCAAAAUGGCUAAAAAUCCAAUCAACCAGCAGAUAUUCUUACCAAGGCUUUGGGCAGAGAAAAGUUUGAGAUGUUCAGAGAAAUGCUUGGCUUAA